AUGGAAGAAAAUUGGGUGGACUCACAAAACCCUUGUUUUUGCCGCCAAAAGAGAGAGCAAACUUCUGCAAAACCCUACAACUUCUCCUCCUCCUCCUGCUCUCCGACUCUAAAUCCAAAGCUGUUUGUCUCUGUCGAUAUGAAAUUCGCAGUGAAGGCAUGGAGCGGCGGAAGAGCGCGGACCGGGGUUCUCCACUUGGGCAGCUGCCCGACCCCAAUAGAGACCCCUUCUCUUCUCCUUUCCACCCGAAAGGGCCUGCCCCUGUUCACCCCUCCUGACCUUCUUCCUUCUCUUCCUUUGCCUGAUUCCCGUCUCUUCCAUGUUAGCUCCCUCCACUUCUUGGAAGUCCCCUCACCUCAAACAAUUUCAAAAAUAGGAGGACUGCAUCAGUUGCUCGGCUUGCCCGAACAUGGGUUCGUGUGCAUACCAAGGGACUCCAUUCAAUGCCUUCCUGAAUGUAAUAGCAGUAACAAAUUUGGAGCAUCUUUCGAGACUCCUUCUGGUCGCCGUUUGAUGAAACCCGUAGAGUAUGUUGAGUUGAUUACUUCCUUGAAGCCCAAUAUGUGGACCACUUUGGCAGAUGAAGUUCCUGUAUGGGUCUCUGAUAAGAGGAACAAGACCUCGGUUGAUCGAACUAUAAGAUGGCUUGAUGAAUGCAUUGAGCUAAAUCAGGCAGGUGGACCUGUCCUUGGAUCUAUUGUUGGUGGGUCUUCCGUAAAUGAACGUGAGAGAUGUGCCCAAGAGGUGGCUAGCCGAAAUGUAUCAGGUUAUUGGAUCGGAGGAUUUGGCCUUGGAGAGAACAUGGAUGAGCGUCCUGCUCUCCUUAAUGCUGUUACUGAUAUCUUACAAGAAGAGAAACCACGCUUGAUCAGUGGGCUUGGACUUCCAGAGGAGGUCUUGCAGGGCGUUGCUGCCGGCAUUGAUGUCUUUGAUUCAACGUAUGUAUGCCAUCUUACCCUUGGCGGCUUUGCACUUACGUUUCCCCUUGAUGGAGUUGAUAUGAAUGCAUCUGGUAUUGAGUUGACUAAUAUUGGAAGUGACCAGACAAAGAUUAAUCUGAGAGCAACAGCUUACAGGAAAGAUAUGUCACCCAUUGUUGCAAAUUGUAACUGCUACACGUGCAAGAAUCAUACAAAAGCUUACAUCAAUCACCUGCUCAAUGUUCGCGAAAUGCUGGCUCAGACUCUACUAGAAAUACAUAAUACCCACCAUUAUCUAGGAUUCUUCCGUUCUAUAAGGGAAGCGAUUAAGUCUGGUAAUUUUGAGCAGUUCAGACAGAAAUUCGUUGAGAGUAGAUGUUAUCAUGUUGUUGCUGAAGCUGCUGCUGCUGCUGCCUUCAUGUGAAUUCAUUACGCGCAUUUCAGUUUUGUAAUCUUAUAGACAUCAUAGAGC